AAAGGAAACUCGUUAUAUAGAAGAUUUACGACCAUGUCGCCAUCACGGACUCCGCACUUCGCUUUAAUUAGACGCUAAUUAGGCUUCCGCGCGCUUAAAUUCAGAGCUGGGUUGCUCGCGCGCAGCGGCGGAUCUCGUCGUGACGUCACCCAUCCCGCGACCGGAGGCCGUUUGGUGGGUUGAACCAACCGCGGACGGAAAAGGGGACGAGAAGUCGGACAUUCAACCGCGCUCGGCGCUGUCGCUCCUGCCCGUCGCCCCGCAGCGGGAGCUCCUGGAGGAGGAGGCGGCAUGAGGUCGCUGUGAAACCCGGUGGUGAUGGAGACGUGUCGGUGGUGUAGGGCCAAAAGCAGUGCUGUCCUCACGGCGACCCUGCAGCGCUACUGCACCGGUGGGCUGACGCCAGAGGAUGUACAGGAAGCCAACACUGAUCUCCUCUUAUGCACAGAUUGCGUGGCGAAGUACCACGAAGCGAGAGAUGGAUUACCCUCACUGCACAAGCGCCUCUGGGAGCUGGAGACGACUCGGCUACUCAGAGUUUUCCAGGAAGUGCUGGAGACGGAAAUGGAGGAGGAUGACCUGUACUACAUUGAAAAUGGUGAGGAGCAGCCCGUCAUUGGGUCCGCAGAGGAAAUUUGCGACCGGCUCCGAAGCCCGUUCGUGGAGGUGCUGAAAUUCCCGUACCUGCUGUGCCACCGGGACCUCUGUGAAACGGUGGUGAGUGUGGUGUGUAAAAUGAACAGUUUGAAGAGCCCUCUACAAGUGGUGGACAAACAUCAGGGAAUCUACCUGCUCAUGGUACAUCCAAAUGAAACGGUGCGUCGAUGGGCAAUAUCUACUGCCAGGUCGUUGGGCAGGGUGGACAGAGACUGCUAUUACGAAAUUAAGGAGGUUUUCUCCUGCAUGUUCUACAUCAUCGAACUGGGAAUCUCUCUGGACUUUCUAGAUGUGGACCACACAUACCAUUCUGGCAGGCUGCAGUGGAUACCCACACAUCUCUACGACUCCAAAAAUGAGAAGAAUUACUGGCUAGGUAUCUGUAUGUUACUGAUGCAGCUGGACUCCCAAGCAAUGGAUUCACUGUUUAUGGGCCCAGAAAAACAGGGCAGUAUUCCCCAAUGCAUCAUAAAUACCAUGGGUGAAAGCAGAAGAGGGGGAAACGCAGACUCUGAUCCAUUUUGGCCAGCUUUCCACUGCUUCAUGGUCAUUCUAGACCGACUGGGCUCAAAAAUCUGGUGCCAGAUAGAACCAGCAGAUGCCUUUGCAACCAUCACCCAAGCAGCUAGCUACAUAGCUGAAAUUGAAAAUAUCCGUCAGAAAACUUCAGGGACUAUGGUGAAAGAGGAGCCUGUGAGUGAUGACGACAUGAUUUCAUGCAGUCAGAUAGUGUAUGAUUGCUACCCUACAGAGCAAGCAAAUCGAUCUUCAGGAUGGUCAUCCAACAGCAGUGAGAACAACAUCAGUGAGAUCUUUGAAGAGAUGGGCUGUCUAGUUAACCUCUUGCAGUCUGAGAUGGGACAAGGCAUGCGUGUCUAUGGUAGCACCUUUCUUUGGUUCAUCCCUUUUGUCCACUCAGUUAUGGAGCUGGGUGAGCUUGGAAUUGGCUACAUUGAUGAGGUUAUCCACUAUCUGCACAAUGAAGUUAAUAAGGAUGUACUGGCUGGACAAAUGGUCACCUGCGAUAAGGUCACGGAGUUCUUUAUCCGCAUCCUUGUUGUUAUAAUUGAAUUACUCAUCUGUAAAGGUUGUAUGAGAACACUUUACUAUUGUGCUUCUACUUGGGUGAAGGUGGUAGUGCAAUGUUCUGCACUCGAUGAAACCUGCAGUAACCGAAUCCGAGAUAGGAGGGGUAUGUCUCACAGGGUCACUUCGUUCAAUUUUGGUAGAGGGAACCGAAUAUCAGCAACUGGAGUUGGUGCAAUGAGUCUAGCUUGCAUGAAGCUGAUUCGCUCACUGUUGAAGGAAGGGGAACGCAUAGGUGUGGUCCCCAAAUCUGACAACUUUCAGGACAUCCUUAACAGGCACUUGCGUGAAAUCCCACCCAGAGUGUGGUGUCUUAGACCGUCAGAAUCCGAAAACCUGCAGAAGUUCCUAAUCCAGCUUGUAAAGGCAAUUAUGGAUGAAGUUGCAGCCCCAGCCACUGUUCCAUCUGCUCCCCCAACACCCCCAGCAGAUCCACCCGAAAAUCCCAUGUUAACCGACCUCAUGCAGCAGCCACAAUACAAAGAUGCAGCGGCAGGUACGAGUAGUGCUGAUUAUGCUGUUCAGUUUAUUAAAGAUGAACCUCUGUGGGAAUAUGAGAAAUGUCAAGAUGAUUUCUGUGACAACCUUGAAGAUGUUGUUAAGGCAAAGAAGGAACCUAGCAGCCCAGUACAGAUUUCCGAGUUUCAACCUGCUCUAGAUUUGAAUCGCAUGAAGCCAGACUUGGGGAAAAUACAGGAAAUCAGAUCCAGGCUGAACGACAAUCAGAACCUUUCAAAGAUGCAAGCAAUUGCUAGCAGAAGACCUAACAAGAUUGAACAAAAACGAAAUGGAUGCUGUGAUUUAAAAGAAGAGGCACAUACACUGCAUUUAAGCACCAAUGAUGCCUCACAAUCUGCAGUCUCAGACUCUGCCAAAGUACGCAGGCCCUCUAAAAAGAAAUCGGAUGAUUACAAUGAAGAUGAACCUCUUGAUGUCCAUAGGAGCUGCCCGAAGAAAUCCCUCAAGUGGUCGUCCAGUGAAUCCGAAUCCGAAGCUGAAGCGAAUGAUUCCAGGCAGACAUUGGUGCAGAUUCAUGGUAAUUCUAACUUGACCUCUAAAUUGAUCAUUUCAGAUGAUAAUGUUGCUGCAAACAAUAUAACAAUGGAAAAAGACUGUUCUUCAGGCAGUGCAGCCAACCGAGGAACAAUUGACCUUUCUUCGGACCCUGACUUGAAUGAGAGUCCAAGUCGGGAUUAUGAUGCAGCUUUGAGUGAAUCGCAGGUAUUUGAGUUUGAAACACAAGAAUAUGUGGCAUCUGCCUGGGAUGACAGACCGGUUUCUCCAGUCAUGACCAAUAAGCCGAAAUGUGACACCAAUUCCAAAGCGUCCCAUAUGGAAGCCAUGACAAGUCGAGUUAGUGAGACUCAGCCAGUAACAGAUGAAGACAUUGAGAAAGCCUGUCAGCAAGUAGAAGAGCAGAUCAUUAAAAAGCAGCACAUACAAACUCCACCUGGCUUGAGCAUUCCUGCGCCAACCAAGCCCUGUAGUUCUACUGAAAAGUGGGACAGUUUCAUCCAGCAAAAAUCUUUGCCAUCUCAAAGUCCCACCAAGAAACCUGGUAUGGCUGAUAAAGGUCGGCAUUGCUCAAGCAAAAAAUCUCUUCUUAUUGAACCAUUGUGUCAAAUCAAGAAGCGACGCAGCUCACUCAACAUUGCAUUAGCGGAACCUUCCUCCUCGGUUUUUCCAAAUACUUUUUUGACUCCUGCCAUAGUCCCACCCAAGAAGGUACGCAAACCUGUUGAGCCGCAAUCAGUAGCUGAACGAAUGGGGUUAAAAAAGAAGGAGAGGAAAGCAUUUGAUCUCUCACAGCGCUCCUUGGACACUUUGGGUGAGCUUCGGACCCAUGGCCAGAAAGUGCAUGUGGAACCUCCACAGAAAACUAAAAGGGUCCGUCGCAAAAGCAAACCGCAACCAAAGCUUGCAGGGAAGGGUGGGAAGAAGUUGCUUGCAUCCCAAGACUUGCAGUACUUCAGGCAGAGCCGUGGAAUGCUUCAGAAGUCAACACCAACCACAGUUGCACCAUCCAAGCCAGUCAGGAAUCCCGUGCCAGAGACUCUUUCCAAAUCGAAAUAUGCGGUUGAAACUGUGGAAGAGCCUGAAGCUGAGGAGGACGAGGAUGAUUAUCAGAGUUUCCUUCCCUGCUCUCAACCUGAUCCUGCCAGGAGGACUGACCAGACUGUCAAACAAGCGAAGAUUAGUGCGAUUGAAUUCAGUAGAGCAAGAAGUGUAUCAACUGAUGUUAAAUGCAGUGAGUCUGGUUUUCAUCAGGACAGUAAAGUUGUUGAUGAAAAUGCUGCUUCCACGGCAGAUUGUACUGAAACAGAAAGGGAAAGUGUUGAUGACGAAUGGAUGUACCUUACACAGAACGAACCCACAGACAUGGAGUUAUGCUCUCAAUUGGAGCAAAUGGAAGCACUUGGUGAGAACACGCAAAGAGAACCUGUGGACAUGGACAUUGAUGCAGACGACCAUCCAGAUACGUCUGCGAACAGCACAGAUGUUUAUCUACCACGGUGUUUAUCUACCACGGUGCCCCAAACAGCACCUUUUGCCACAUCCACUCACAACUCUGUAAAUAAUACUGAGAUAUUGCCUAGCAUGACUCCUCUGUUGCAGAAAAAAGCAAAGCCUUCCACCACAAAAAUAUAUGCAGCCAGUUCCCGCAGUGCCUCUUUGGUUGUAGAGAUGGAGAAAACUGUCAAGCCUCCACUGGCUGCCAAUGUCAUUAAGACUAAGGUUGCACGCCCAUUACCAGCAAUGCCACCAUUGCCAACUCCACCACCAAAAGCCAUACCAAAAGCCACACCACAACAUGAAUUUCGCCAACCUCUGUCACGCCCUCCUCGUCCUUUAAACCAGCCAAUCAAGUCAGUUGUCCCUCAUAAUAUAGCUUCCCAUCCACCUUCCUACAAAACCUACUCCAGACCAGAGGAUCCUGUCUCAGUCCCGAGGCCAACAGUGGACCAGCCUCAAAGGUAUGACCAAUCUGUUUUGACACAAGCAAUUCUGAAGUGGGAGUACCGGAUGUUCGAGAACUAUGAAACUUUUGGGACACCCAACGACUUGUGUCCCUUACCCCUGAAGGAGGUCCCAACAAGGUUCUCAAACUAUGAAGAGUACUUCAACAUCAUGUACCCACUUCUUCUCAUCAAUGCAUUUGAUGAGAUGGCCAGUGAAUGGCUUAGGAGUGGGAGGAUCGGUCUUGACCUCAAGCUUCAGGGAUUUGAGUACAGCAAUCGCACUGCCACUGCCAGCUUCGCAGCAAGCCUGAACUCUCAGCAGGAGAUGAGGCAGUUGUAUCCUAAAGACGACGAUCUGGUCUUGCUGUGGCUGCCAGAGAACAGUGGAGCAUAUACCAACAAUGAAUCUGGCAUUCAUGACCCGCAUGCGCAUUUUGGCUGUGUUUCGCGAUCUAAUGUCAUCAGCAAUGGUGGAGGUCAGCCCGCGACAUUAAACCUGACCAUUCAGACGCGGGGGAACGUGUCAUCUGUCAACAUUCAGCCCGUGCGCUGCGAGGUGAUCGGUUCUCUGAUCAGCACGGUGCGGGAGUUCAGAGCACUGUGUUUGCUGCGGAGUGGGAUAAUGGCUCGUCCACAUAUCCUUCUCACACCACAUGUCUCAGUCUUCACUCCCAGCCAGGAGGGCCUGCCAGACCUUGACAUGCCUGAGUACAAUGUGGACCAGACAAAGGCAAUCAGUUGUGGGGUUUCCAUGGUGAGGAGGCAGCAGAAAAAUGCAAAGAUAUUGUUAAUUAAUGGCCCUCCAGGAACUGGCAAGAGCAAGACCAUAGUUGGCCUUCUGCAGAGGCUUUUCUCUGAUCACAGUGAGAGUGCUGCAGUGAACCACCCCAGGAAGUCCCGCAGGAUGAGGGUUCUGCUCUGUGCUCCAUCCAACGCUGCCGUUGACAGCUUGAUGAAGAAAGUCAUACCAGUCUUCAAAGAGAAGUGCAGGAACAUCCACACUCCGCAAGGGAACUGUGGGGACAUUAAUCUGGUGCGCCUGGGCAGUGAGAAGACCAUCUCUAAAGAUCUGAUAGCCUUCAGCCUCGACCGCCAGACAGCUAAGAAAACCCAAAUGCAUGCAGAUUCUGACGUACAGAGGCAAAAGGAGAAACUGGACCAGAAUAUUGAGUCUCUCUCUCGACAGUGUGCCAGGACUCAGAAACAGUCCCAUGAGUUUAAGCAGUUGAUGGACAGGAAACAGCAAUGUCUGUCAGAAAGAGAGAAACUGAGCCGACAGUUGAAAGAGUUCCGCAGUAAAAGGCAGGAGGUUCAGGCUGGUCUUCUUCGAGACGCUCACGUCAUCUGCUGCACUCUGAGCACCAGUGGAAGCACCAUCCUUGAGUCCGCCUUCCGUCGCCUCGGACACGAACCCUUCAGCUGCGUCAUCGUCGACGAGGCAGGGCAGGCUAAAGAACCAGAGACUUUGAUUCCUUUGCUUCAUCGAUGCCCCUCCUUCAUUCUGGUGGGCGAUCCUGCACAGCUCCCACCCACCGUUGUCUCCCAGAAAGCAAAAGAGCUUGGCUAUGGCCAGUCCCUCAUGGCGCGGUUAUGUAAGAGCCUUCAUCAGUCAAACCCUUCCUCCAGCAUCUUCCUCAGCACCCAGUACCGAAUGCACCCCGACAUCUGCGAGUUCCCUUCCAAGUACAUCUACAACAAAAACCUGAAAAACGACUGGGCUGGAGAAUGUCUGCAAUUCAGGGAUCUGCUGCCACAGCAGAGACGGCUUUAUAGGUUCGGACUGCCGUGGGCCGUUCGUUGCUGUUGUGAGACGGCUCAGAAGCGGUGUUCGUUCAACUGGCCGUUUGAGCCCUACAGGGUGUUUGAUGUCACCGACGGAAGAGAGAGCAAAAUAAAAGAUUCGUUCUAUAACCUGAAGGAGGUGAAGCUGGUGCUGAUGCUUCUGAAGCAGAUUGGUGAGAGGCAGGUGGUGCGUGUGGGCGUCAUUACACCUUAUAACGCUCAGAAGCAGCGCAUCCUGGAGGCUGUCAACAAGGAGUUGGGCAGAGACAAAUUUCCUCCGGUGGACGUGGACACGGUGGAUGGGUUCCAGGGCCGAGAGAUGGACUGUGUUAUUGUCUCCUGUGUCAGAGCCAGCAGUGAAGCAGGCUCCAUCGGGUUUGUUGCAAAUCGUCAGAGGAUGAACGUAACGAUCACCAGAGCCAAAUACAGCCUGUUCAUACUGGGACAUCUCCGCACCCUGAGGGAGCAGAGUGGUGACUGGGGGGCUCUGAUAAAGGACGCAGCGUGUAGAGGUACCAUAAUAAAAACUCAGGAGCACGAUUUCCGCGAGGCCACCACUAAAAUCAUGAAGCCGGACCUGCUCUUUCGCAGCCUCUCUCACCCCCCCACGGCUCAACGACACGGCAACCCCACCUCACCCUCGCAGCCCCCACACAUCCCCAUGGAAACGGCCCCUGCCCCUGUCUCCACCACCCGCUGUCACCCAGACUCCAGCGGGAAUCACUCCCCCACCGUUCCCUUGACCACCAGCGGCCUGAUGGCCCAUAUUGACUGGCUCAGAGACCCCAGACUAUCCGCUAGGUCUUCAGACCCCCGCUUACAGGAGCCAAUCAGAGACCACAGACAGGACAGAGAGAGGCGGAGCCCUGCCCACCAACAGCAGCACCCACCCGCACCACGGCUGCACAGAGACGCCUACCGCCGCAUUUCGGUUCCUCAGCCCCACUCAAGCUCUGCCCACUCCUCUCGAUCGCCACGGAGACGAAACCACGAGCGCCACUGGUCUCCUUCACCACACAGGAGAUAUAAAAGAUCUAAAUAAUUCCUUUUUCUUUCUUUUUUUUUCUUUUUUUUUCUUAAAAAAGUUCCUCCUGUUCUCCAAAACCAUCGGGAUCAGUUUUCUGACAUUUUCCUUUUUCCCUUUCUAACAAAUGAAGGACGAAAAAUGGUAAAAAAACUGGACGAAAACUGGUCCUGGAUCAGUGAUGGGAUUAUCAAUAGACCUCAUGCGGAAAUCCACUGAUUUUCAAAAUCAAUACAUAAUAAUCAUUUGGGAUGAAAGUCAUCCGGGGCGGUUUGGUGUGAAAUGGUUCAGAUGUAUUUACAGUGGUGGUGAUGGGAACCAGGGGUCACCAUGACUACAGCACAGAUAUAGACACUUCAUUUACCAUCCAGGACCACCAGAGAACCCACACGAGUCUUUAGGGUUUUAUAUACGUAAUGUUAAGGAUCAACCUGAAAAUAAAGUAGUAACUUUCUGAGACGGAGCUUUGAGAGGUGGAUGUCUGGUUCCUAUCACCACCGCUGAGGGCAAGUCUGACCCCAGAUUUUUUUCUUUUCUUUUCUAGAACCGAGCAUUUUACCCAACCACUCUGAAUGACUGUCCCGUUACCUGGCAACAAAAAUCCGGCGUGCGUUUUAACGGAUGAACAACAGAAAACUAUUAAACUGAACAACCUGCUGGGCUCUAGCUUUAUUUCCUUUUCCCCACUUUUUAUGUGGCUCCAAAUUUUAUUGUCAGUAUUUAUUCUGCGAGUGCUAAUUUACACAAAGGGCUGAUGGAAGCGGUUUUCUCUUUGCUUGUAUGUCACUUUUAACAUUUUGAAUUAACUGCUCGACAUGGAGAAGUAGCCAUAGUUUUCUGUCAGCUGGAAAAGCUGAUGCCAUUUUCUUGAGGUCACGGAGUUUCUGGGAGGAAUGAUUUUCUGAAAAUAAUAUUUGACUAUGGCAAAAAAAACUGUAGCAGUGUCAAUAUUGUACAGUUGGAACAAAAUAUAUUCAUGUUUUCUUUGUUAAUGUUUUAUACAUAUAUUUUUACUCUGCUGUAGACAAAGUUUAGUUUUGUACUGAUGCACUUUUGUUUGCUUUUUCUUUUUGUUAAUUGUGCAUACGGAGCAGACGGAGCUUCCCCGACAGUAGCGUAAGAGGAAAAUCCCCAAACCGAGCUGCUUUGGAUGGUUAUUGAUUGUAAUACAGCGAGGAACCACUAGAGGCUGCUCUAGCUCCAUUAUAAUGAACAUCCUGAAUAAGUCACUCAGGACAGAGAGGCCAGUGAAUUUGCGUCUGCAUAUGGGCCCCCCCAGGUACUGCAGUGUCCCCCCUCGCCCAUAGCAUUCUUGUGUGCUGCCAAAUGGCUUAAUAAUGCGUGUUAAGAGGUAAAUGGUUUAAAUGUUCAUUCACCAAUUGCGAUUGAAGCAGGUUGGUUUUCCUAAGCUACCGUUUUAAUAAUGUGGUUGUUUCUCAUGGUGCCCAGGUUUAAUUUGGUAAUUGAAGAUCUGCAAGAUCUAAAUGCCCAUCAGUUCUGUACCAUCAACACCUCUCACUCCUCAACGCCUACUUCUCGAUGCCUCGGCUGCAAUAAAUUUUCUUGAAUUCCUGUUUGGUAACGCUUUCUAUGAAUACAAUGUUAGAAUCUAUGUACAUUACACAUUAUAAAGAACUUGUAAGGCAUUAUUAACAUGGCCAUGAAUGUUAAAUUUUUUUAUAACCUUAAGAUGAUUUAUAACUAGUUAUAAUGCGUAAGGCAUUUUAAUACAGCUAUGAGUACUUUAUAGCCUUAUAAGCACAUUUAUAACUUAAUAAUGCCUUGCGCAUUAACACUGCUAUCAAUACUUUAUAGCUUUAUAAGCACAUUUAUAACACAAUGUGUAAGGCAUUAUUAACACUGCUAUGAAUACUUUAUAGCCAUAUAAGCUCAUUUAUACCUCGUAAUGUGUAAGGCAUUAUUAUCACAGCUAUGAAUACUUUAUAAAUGCGCUUAUAUGGCUAUAAAGUAUUCAUAGCAGUGUUAAUAAUGCCUUACACAUUACAAUGAGUUAUGAAUGAGCUUAUAUGGCUAUAACUCAUGCAUAAGGCAUUAAUGCUACUAUGAAUAUAGCCUUAUAAGCACAUUUAUAACAAUGUGUAAGGGUCUAUUAACACUGCUAUGCUUUCAUAAAGCAUUGUGCACAGUUAUGACAAAUAUAUUAGUUUAUAGCCCUAUAAACACAUUAUAAUGUAUUCAUGAGUCAUUAUAAAAAUGACUAAAUAUUUUUUAAGGCUAUCAAGUGUAAUGCUUUUCAUUAAUAUUUAAAGCCAUAUUUAUAAUGCCUUAUGUAUUUGUGUAAAAUGGUGUAUUUGCAAGAAAAUACACUUUAUGAACACAACUUGUUAUAAGACAUUCAUAAGGCAUUAUAAACUUGCCUAUAACCAUUUACAAAAAUGCAUUACCCUUUAUAUCUGUAUGAACAUAUAACACAUGAUGCAUUUAUGAGGCAGUGUUAACAUGGCUAUGAAUGCUAAUAAAAGUACAUUACGUUUGUAGCCUUAUAAAGACAAUGUAAUACAUUCAUUAGGCUUUAUAAACAUGGCUAUAAAUGUUUUUAAUGGAUUCAGAAAUGUCAUGAAUGUGCUCACAAAGCUAUAAAGUAUGUAUUUUUGUAAAUAUUUUCAAUGACGUUUUUGUAGCUUUAUAACGUUAUAAUGCAUUCAUAAGGCAUUAUGAACUUUGCUAUAAAUAUUUACAAAAUGGCGUUACACUUUAUAGCCAUUACAAAUCUGUUUAUAGCAUAUUUGUUUAUAUUGUCAGUGACAAUAUUAAAAAAAAAAAACACCACGCUAAAUCGUGUCAUGACUUCUUUUAUUAUCUUAUCUUUGGAAACUUAGUGACCGUGUUAAUAUACGUGUCAUUACAGAUCUAGAAUAUGAUCAUUUAACCAAAUUAUAAUAAGCUGUUUUUUGAGCUGCAAGUGACACAAAUUAGACUAAAGCUAAUGUAAGUUGUGGCACUGGCGGCAGGACAGGUUAUAAUGCUCUGCAUGGGCUGAGACGCAGUUGUUACGAACACCACUUAGAAUGAGUCACGUUGAUUUAUCAUGCAUAAUAGACAUGCCUAUGAAGUAAAAUGCAUUGUUAAAUGUUCAUAGCCAUGUUUGAAAUGUUUUAUGAAUGCAUUAUGAAGUCUUUUGAAUGAACUGCCUUAUAGAUGCUGUAUUCGUAAAAAGUGCUACCUUAUUUUUAUAUUUAACUAAAACAAAGUUUUAGUGUAUCCUGCCUUCCGCCCAAUGACUGCUGGGGUAGGCUGCCCCCCCCCAUCCACUGAUCCACAGGUCAUCCACUGAAUGUACAACUGCUAAGGGUGGCUCAGUAACUGUAAACCUGUAAAGUGCACCUACAUAGUGGGUGUUUCUGUUAAAGUGGCCAGUGUUAAUGUGCUGCUUCCACUGUUUUGUACACCCUCUGUAGUGUUAGUAAUGGUCAUUAGCUGCGCAGUAUUCUGCCUGUGCUGUUGAUGGUUAAGUACAGAUGCAGGUUGAGCUUUGGUCUAAGAGUAAUGGAGAGUCCUCAUUAAGUUAAGUUCUCUAUUUAACUGGGGGUCUUAAUUGUGAUGGUCUUCUGUGAAACUGGAAUAUUGGCUGAAGCUUCCACAUUGAGGUCAUUUUUGUGGCUGAAGAUGGAAGCCCAGUCUUGAAAAGACAAGAUAUUGCCUUUACAUUAACCAAGCAUUAAACCCAGUGCCUAA